AUGGAAGAUCUAUUGCAAAAACAAAUACACGACAGUUUUAAGCUUGCAUUGCCUGAAGGUUUGAAAGAAUUGAUGAGCGACAUAUCAAGAGAAGUGCUCCGUGCGCAACCGACCAACAUUUAUGACUUCAUAGCGAACUAUCUAUCUGUGUUGUUAAUAUCACGGGAACAUCUGGCCAUUGCUGGACACCUAUGUGACUCUGUUUGCGCGACUUCCUGUUGCCAAGAGUUGGAAGAUGAAUUGCGAUACUUGGACUUAGAGGAAGAAAAGGCUGGUCGAGUAAAGGAGUUCAUCUUGGAGUAUUUUAACGGCGGAAACACAUGCAAGAAAGGUUUCGCGUUUAAUUUGCUUAACGAAAUCAGUGUAAAUGAAGAACAGAUGGACGCUAUAAAGCAGGCCGUCAACAAGGCUUUCAAACGAAGUUUGAUCAACAACACCGUUUAUUACCAGGCAGCUUACAGAGCUUAUGGUGUAACUCGUUAUGACUAUGCAAAAGAAGAACACUCAGAACUGAAGAUGAAUAAGCCACCAAAAAGAAAUCUUCGCUUUGAGACCAAUUUACAGAAUGAAGGUACCGAUAGUGAAGUAAACAAAAAACUAUCAACCGUAUCAUCCAGUACUCUAGCUGGUUCAUACAUCAUUUUACCAAAACACGUCCCGUAUUCAGUGCAUGAUAAUUUUCUACAAAUAGUAGCAGAAACAACAGAAAGAGAGAACGUUCUAAUCAACUACAUAGAUGAAUAUGAAGAAAAUAAUAAAGAGUCUAUCGAAGAAAUCGUGGAAUACGAAGCUAAAAAUACAAAGGUGAAUGAAGAAUACAAGGUAGAACAGGACUUUGAGGUAGAUGAUCAGGAAAUCGCUGAUAUUGAUUCAGAAAGUUCUAUCAAUGAGGAAUUAGUUUGUGAUUUUUCUGAUGAUGAUAAUAAAGAAUUUUAAAAUAACUAAAAAAUUUCACUUGCAAAAAAUGCUUACAAAAUCCACUUUAUCCCUGGCACUCUGAGAUGGACUUUGAGGUGAGUAAGCAUUUUUCAUUAAGAAUAUUUUUCAGUAUUGUAAAUGCAAAAUUGAUAAAAUAUAAUACUUUAUUUUGUCUUAGAAUUGCUUUUAAUUCUUUUUUAAAUUAUAAAGGCUGUUAAGGAGGAAUGGGCGUAUUAUUUAAUAAUUAUUAUGAACAUAUUACAUUAUUGAUCACUUUAAAAUUGGAGGUCUAAUGGCUGGCAGAGCCCUGAUUUGAGACAUAAACAACGUUUCACCUACACAAAAUAGACCAAACAAAAAAAGGAUUGGACAAGUCGAAGCGGAUUGGUCCGCUGACAGUUAAUCUGACAACCUGACUUAAUUUUUAUUAGUCUCGUUUAAUUUUGACAGAUAAAUCAGCUUUAGUCAGCGCCGCAGGUCUAUUACGUAACUAUAUUAAUUGAUACCAAUUUUAUGCAAUUUUGACGCUCUUAGCAAUUUUCUUUGACGAAUCUCAUACGUCAAGCAAAAUGAUAAGAGUAUAUAGAAAAUUUAAUAUAACGCAUAAUAAUAUCAAAAUAUUAAUGUUUACUUAUAAAAUAAUGUGCAGUGGUUUCUGUUUACGGCUAAGUAGUAGACUUUGGCGGCAUAAUAUAUUUUUUAAACAUCUCUCUGCAAACAAUCAUACAUCACUUUUAUAUAAUAAAUUUAUUAUUCAAAUACAGAUCUAAUAAUUAUAAAUUCACUACAGCAACGUAGAUGAUUUUUUUGGUCAUAUUUAUUUUAUUUCAUUUUAUAUAAUACAUACUUAAGCUAAGUCAUGUUGUAACUUAAAAACUAAAUACGUGUGGGAUAAAACAGUGCUAAUUAUGUAUUAAAUGCUUUCCUUUCUUUAUAAUUAUGAUUAUUAAAAUGAUUUAUGAUUAUUUAUGAUAACUGCAUUGAAUCUUGUGUACUUAGGUAUAACAACAAAUUUCGAUAUACAAAUAUUAAAUGAGAACCGCUAAAGAGGGUCAUCUUAAUAAGCAAACGUCCUAAGUCAAUUUUCCAUAUUUUUUAAAUGUCAAUUGGAAAUGAAAUGUGUCAUGUCAAUUGGAAAUGAAAUUUAGAAUAAACUUUAUUGUCUAUUUACAUAAUGAGGCCGCGGUGAGCAAAUUAAAAAACAUUUUUGAUGAAAAUAACAUAUGUAAGAUGUUUAUUAGUGGACUGUGUAUUACACAGUCGGAGUUAUAGUAAAAUUCCCGCGCUCGAGGCGGUAAACGGGCCCGCGUAUUUUUAAUACACAUCUAUAUUCCAUUUCUUUUCAUUUCAUUUCAUAUCAAUGCUUAUCUUAACAAUGGACUGUGGUUGUUUUAACGCUAUUUGACUGGUGAAUCCCUGCCAAUAUUGUAAAUGCGAAAUUAACUAUGUCUAUUGACGCUGGGUCCUUUAUGAUGUAAAUUAUUUUGAGAUAAUUUAAGAGCAGAGUUUUAUAUAUUGAAACAUAACUAAGAUACACUGAUACUAUGCGGACAAAAGAAUUCCAUCCGUCUAUUGCUUCUUUUUAUUAUCAAUGAUCAAUGUGACUAAAUGAAUUGGGAUCGUUGAUCCAAAUUAAUACAUGAAUAUAAAUAUUUUUUAAGAUUUGGUUAAGUGUUAUCAGAUUUUUACGGAACUUAGGAAAUGUAAGAAAAUUAAAGUAAAAUCUUCAAAAUAAUGUUUUGUUUUCAAAACAUAAAAUGAGAUCUCAUAGCAAUAGGUUAAGUAGUAAAUUAAUAAAAAAUAUUUUUGAUAUUUGCAAGUUAAGUAGCAAUAAUGUUACUACUAUCAUUAACAAUAUUCAAUUGAAUGCGAAACUACUUAACAAAAAUGUAUAUUAAUCUUUUUAUGAAUAUUUGAAUAAAUCAAAAACAAAUCUACCUACUCCGAUCCCUGUUUAUUUUAAAGCAGUUUUAGGUAAUUAUAUUGUUGCUUUAAUUGUGCUUAAACAUUUGAAAUCUAUAUUUUUGGCAUUAAAUAUUUGUCAAAUAAUUAAAAUAAAUUAAACACACCUUUGCCCUUAUAAACGGGAAUGACAUAAGAUUUCAUAACUUUCAAUUUUAAAGUUGUUUAUGAGUUUCUUUUAUUUUAAAAAUUUAAAACAAAUGGAAUUCGUAAAAAACCUACAUAAAUAUAAAUAGUUAACGAAUAGCAAAUGUCUAAAUGUUACAUAUAUUACAAAAAAAAAUGUGUUUUUAAAAGUGGCUUAAUUUGCUUAUUAAAAUGACGUUAAGACACCCUUCAAUUAUGAUUAAAUAUAAAAUAACACUUUUUUAAAUAAAUAUAUAAAUAAUAUAACUUUUAUUAAAAACAAAAUUAGAGUGUUUUUCGAUAAUUAUAUAGAAUUAGCGAUAGCAAUAUACGUAAGGAACUAAACACAUCUAUUAUUUUAACAUAAGAUUAAGUUAGUAGAAAUCACAGCAGAUCCCAAUUAUUUAAUAUGUGAAUACUUUAUUUAUAUGAAGCACAAUAAAUGAAUUUCAUAAUUAAAGUUUAAAAAGAGCAAGCUUAACUUUUAUAACUUCAAUUUUGAGCUACUAGUGUAUACAUUUAUUUAAAUAUAAAAGUCAAUAAUUGCACCACCCCUACCAUAAAUAGAUUAUUAUAUCAUACGAUAUCUUUUCGACUAUAUCCUUUAGAUUACAAUCUCUGAAAAUAAGAAGGAAAAAGUUAUAAACCAUCACUGUUGCAAGUUAACAUUGAUGAUUGUAAAUCAGAUUAAAUGUUUGAAAAUUUCAUUCAUUUUUAAUUAAUUAAUGAGUCGGCUAAAUCUAAACUUGAACCUAAUUAGUAGACUAUACAUAUAGUUAUUACAAACUAUUUAACUUCACGUGGUUUCUUCUUAAAUAUAUAGUGAAUAAUAAACUAAAUAAUAUCUUAAAACAUAUUUUUAAAGACUAGUCGAAGAAUUAAAAUAACAUAUGAAUUGUUCAGAAACAUCCAAAAUAUCUAUAUACAGACGUACAGUAUACCUAUGUAAAAUAAAAACAAUAUUAUAGAACCAAAUAAUAAAAUAUACAAUGUCAGUGACAUAAUAUGUCAAAAUAAUCAAAACUUUAAAAUAAAUCCAAAGAAUAUAAAAAUAAAAUAUACUUUUUGAGCGAAACAAUUUUAGAGAUCUAGUAAAAUUAUGCUUUGGUAUUCUCCAAAUAGGUUUCGAUAGUAUACAUUCUCUUUCCUUAUAAGUAUUAAAAAUACACAAAAAAAGUACCAGGGUUGAUUUUUUAUAGCAACACUGACGUUACGUUUAUGUUAAUAUGAUUCUAAAGCAUCAACAGUUCACUUGCUACUCAAGUAACAGACAGAAAAUGGACAUUAGCAUAUCAAAUUGUUUGAAAUAUAAUUAACAGCAAAAUCGACCCUCUUAUUGCUUAAUUAGAUUAUAUGCUUACACCGUUGACGAAAAACUACAAAGUUCAUUACGUUUUUAGAAACCUUUACUCAAAUUGUUUAUAUUUUAAGUGUUACUUUUCUUUUUUAAAAAAGAAAGAAACUGAGGAUAAGUCACUUUAGAUUGGUGGAUAUCAAAUAACGAGAACUGUUAGAUAGUAUCUACACCUCCACCCAUCAGCUUAUUGCCGUAUUCGCUCAGCAACUGUAAAACGAAAUUUAUAAUUAAAAAAUUACAAUUUGCUCUAAAAAAUAACAAGAUCUAAUCGGGUUCAUAUCAAGUAUAAUAUCAAAUAGUAGGUACAAGAGUUUGUGACCAAAAUGUGCUAGAGUAAGGGCCGGUUACAGGAUUGGUGAAGAAAAAUUUACUAUAACGAGCUCCUCCGUGCUUCGGAAAGCACAUAAGGCUAAGGUUGAUCCCAGCUAUACCUGCAGUCGUUAAGCCCCACCAAUCCGCACCGGGCUCGCAUUGUGGAGCCCCAGCAGCUGGGGACAUCAAUAGACUGGUGAUGAUGAUGAUGAGUAGGGAUACCUGUAUAGCGACCUUUAUCUGAUAGGAAGCAUUCCUCCUACCCAUGCGGUGUCUUAACUGAAGGUCAGACCCCUGAAGAUAUUUUAUGAUAUUAUCGUUUUAUUUUCGCUUAAACCACAUCUUUUUUUCUAUAAAAACCCCUACAUAGGUUUUUCCUCUUUUCUAGCUCUCCCCACUAUUUCUUGAUUUGAAUUUGGUAUUUCGCAAGUCUUUUUGCAUUUGGUUUCUUACUUUUCUUAUUUUAUCGUUGUAUCUCCAUUAAUCUUUUUGUUGUGUUUUUAAUUUUCAUUAAGCCGGCACUGGGUAUAGGCCGUUACCUCACCUUGUACAAGAAAAUGUAGUGGUGUCGAUUGGUGAGUGAGUGUGGCCUCUGUGCCCGCAGCUCCCUCACCACCCGCGGCAGGUCCGCGGUGUUGGCGGCGAGGGCGCGUGCGCACACGUCCGCCGCUAUCAGCGCCGCCGACCGCCCCGCGCCCGACGCGCACACAACCACGCACGGGCGGACGCCUACACACAAACGUUAAAGUUAAAUUGCGACUCGCCACCUCUGCUGCAUAAAUCGUAACAUACCUACUAUUUUUGACAAAACGUUAUCUCGUUCUCUUACUAAGAUUUCUAUAAGCACGGUUUGAGACGUGCUCAACUUCAAAUUCUCAAGUCAGAAAUCAAGUGUAUGUAUUCUACUAGAUAAGAUAUACAGAACUAAAAUUAUGUCACAGCGCAGCAGUUUUGCUAUACGAAAUUUAAAAGGAGCAAUUGAAAUGUGCAAUAAAUCAGUAGAAUUAAUAAAAAUAGUAUUUAAGAACAUUUUGGUUUCAUUUCAUUUUACUUAUUUGGUUUUAUUUCAUUCGUACCUACUCAAGUUUUAUCUAUAUUCAAUUGUAAUAUUGGUAGUCUUAUGAUCAUGAUGACUACAUGGCCUACUUGAUUUAAAUAAAGGCAAUACG